GUGAUGAAUACUCAGUCUGAGGCCAUUCAUGCACAGUUCCAAACGCUUUCUUCUACCAUCAAGCAGGAACCACAAACUAAAUAAUCAGUUAGAACAAGAACUAACAGAUCUUUGGAAAGUGCACGGACUCAAAGUACAAAGACCAACAGAACAACAGGCAGAAAGCAGCUCUCUGUUAUCCACACUGACGUGAAGCUCCUGUUCCUGAGGCUGCUGAGGACAACUCCUGUCUGUUUUCCCGGUGAAGCCAACAAUGGAUGGAGUGGUGAAGCAGGGCCGGACGGGUCUCUGGUUCUGGUCCAUGUUCGGCUGCACUGCGCUGCUGACUCUUCUCCAGGUGACCAGUGUCUCCACCAGUCAGGAGCAGAUUCCCGAAGAGGUCUCUUAUCAGACCCUGAAGGUCACCGUACUGAGAGCACGCCUGCACACCUCUGCAGAUUACUUUUCAGAAUCAGACUGCUACGUCACUUUCUUCUUCCCAACGAAGACGGACAGGAAGUACCGCACCAGAACUGUGUCAAACACAAACCAGCCGAAGUGGAAUGAAACCUUUACCCUCCUGGUCCCCGUCCUGCUCAAAAAUGUUCUGGAGAUCCAGCUCCAUGAUGAGGAUCUCAUCACAUCUGACGACCUCAUUUCAACAGUCCUGUUUGACCUGGGAAACCUGCGAGUUGGGGAAAUGGAGACCAAGGUGUUUGAGUUGAACUCUGAGACAGAUGAAGAACUUGUGAUGGAGUUUGAGCUCAUCCAGAGUGACGAAACCCCUCAGGAGAAUGCCGGCAACAGCAUCAUAGAAAAUGAUGAAUUGCCUGAGAUUCACGAGACAGUCUCUUUUCGGACCCUGAAGGUCACCGUACUGAGAGCACGCCUGCACACCUCUGCAGAUUUCUUUUCAGAAUCCGACUGCUACGUCACUUUCUUCUUUCCAGUGGAGUCGGCCAGGAAGUACCGCACCAGAACUGUGUCAAACACAAACCAGCCGGAGUGGAAGGAAACCUUCACCCUCCGGGUCCCCGUCCUGCUCAAAAAUGUUCUGGAGAUCCAGGUCCAUGAUGAGGAUCCCGUCACAUCUGACGACCACAUUUCAACAGUCCUGUUUGACCUGGGAGACCUGCGUGUUGGGGAAAAGGAGACCAAGGUGUUUGAGUUGAACUCUGAGACAAAUGAUGAACUUGUGAUGGAGUUCGAGCCCGUCCAGAGUGACGAAACCCCUCAGGAGAACGUUGACAAUGGCAUCGUCAUGAUUCACAAGGAGAAGGUCUCUUAUUGGACCCUGAAGGUCUCCAUACUGAGAGCACGCCUGCACACCUCUGAAGAUCUCUUUUCAAAUUCAGACUGCUACGUCAUUUUCUUCCUUCCAACGGCAACAGCCAGGAAGCACCGCACCAGAACUGUGUCAAACACAAACCAGCCGGAGUGGAAGGAAACCUUCACCCUCCGGGUCCCCGUCCUGCUCAAGAAUGUUCUGGAGAUCCAGGUCCAUGAUGAGGAUCCCAUCACAUCUGACGACCACAUUUCAACAGUCCUGUUUGACCUGGGAAACCUGCCUGUUGGGGAAAAGGAGACCAAGGUGUUUGAGUUGAACUCUGAGACAGAUGAUGAGCUUGUCAUGGAGUUCGAGCUCAUUCAGAGUGAUGAAGCCCCUCAGGAGUACAUCAGCAACGGCAUCGUCAUGGCUGCCCCGCUCUCUGUGCUGCAGUUCAGCAUGAGGAACCAUCAGAACAGUGACUAUCUGAAAGACAGGAUCCUGAAGGUGAGAGGGGCUUAUGAUGAAACCCAGAGAUUCACUUCUGAGGGGACGGACCUGUGUUUCUACAUCAACCGAGACCUGGAGACUGAACUGGGAGUCCUGUCUGGUUCUGAUGAAGAUGAUGCUGAUGCUCCUCUGGAAUCUGCUCUCAACGUCCCGCCUCUCCCAGCUCGAUACUCAGGGACGGCCACUCUCACUAUUGACCAGAAAACUGUGGUAUUGGACCUAGAAGCACAGCAGAGCCAGGAGGAGCAUCUUGCCGUUCGGCUAGAUAAUGAGCUCCCGGCGCAGGAGAGAGAGUUCCUGAUGAAGAGGAAGGCCUUGGUGAUGAAGGCCCUGGAGAAGACUCUGUCCCUCACCUCUCCACUCGACCCCAAGAAGGUUCCAACUAUAGCAGUGGCAGGGUCAGGCGGAGGCUCUCGAGCAAUGACGGGCCUGCUGGGAAGCCUGAGGGGUCUGCAGGAAAUAGGGGUCCUGGAUGCUGUCACUUACCUUACUGGUGUUUCUGGAUCCACCUGGGCAUUGUCUGCUCUGUAUCGGGAGGCAAACUGGUCACAGCAGGACUUAAACAAAGUCAUCUCAGCUGAGAGAGAACAGCUGACAAAGAGCGUCCUGGACCUCUUCUCACCCGAGAGGCUGCGCUACUACAGAGAAGAGAUGGCAGAGAAAAAGGAGCAGGGACACAUUUCAUCCCUCACUGAUUUCGCCGGGCUGCUUUUUGAGCAAAUUAUAUUUGGAGAGAAAGUCGAGAGUACCGUGUCUGAGCAGCAGAUGGCAGUGAAUGAAGGUCAAAACCCUUUACCAAUCUACACUGCUGUCAAUAUAAAAGACGACCUACAGUUCAAUGGAAGUGAAGCUGAGUGGUAUGAAUUUACCCCCUAUGAGGUCGGCUUUCACAAGUAUGAAGUAUUUGUCCGAACUGAGAACUUUGGAAGCGAGUUCUUCCUUGGUUAUAUCAUCAACAAACUCCCUGAGCUCCGCAUCGCGUAUCUUCUUGGAAUAUGGGGUAGUGACUUUUCUUUAUCCAUCACUGAUCUAUGGAAGCGCUUCACAGGUCGUGAAGCUCCAUGGAGUGGCAAGUUUGUAGACCAAGUCAGCAUCACAGGUACAACAGAAACGGACUCUGAACCUUCUGGUCUGGACACGGUGGUCAUUGACCCUGUAUCAGAUGCGGCCGAAGACGUGUCUGACUUUCUGCGGGAUGAAAUAGUAAUUGCAAAGAUGUUCAACUUCAUGCGUGGAUUCUCCCUGCGCUGGAACUACACAGAAAACAGCAACUUCAACACGGACACAGACUUACAUCCUGAUUCUAUCCCGAGUCGCCUGACGCCCAGCGACGCCUUUCUGCACCCAGUGGAUGCCGGUCAUUCCAUCACACAGGGCUGUGUGCCGGUCCUGAGGCCAGAGAGAGACGUGGACGUCAUCAUAUCUAUUGGUUUCUCGUUGGACAGAGAACGCUUCCUGAAGGUCCUGGAGGACACCGCUGUGUACUGUAAAGAACAUGACAUCCCGUUCCCCGACGCAGACUUUGCCAGUCUGGAAAAGGAGCCAUUACAGGAGGUCUACGUCUUUGAGGAUGAGGAGAACCCCAAGGCUCCCAUCGUGAUGCAUUUCCCACUCAUCAACCUCUCAUAUCAACAAUAUAAAAAACCUGGUGUGAAACGAGAGACUGAGGAGGAAAUCCAGGCUGGGAAGGUGGAUGUGACCAGUGAUGAUACUCCAUACGCAACAAUCAACUUGGUCUACUCCCCGGAGGAUUAUGAUGCUCUCGGGGACUUGACCACCUACAACAUCUUAAACAACAAGGAGAAAAUCCAGGAGGUCCUCCGCAAGGCCCUGCAGAAGAAGGAGUCCAGUGUCUGAGUCCAGGACCAAGAAGAGCUCUUCACAUGAAACGGAAACACCCAAUGCUUUUUGUUCUGCAUCCAGUUGACGAAUCUACUGUGAUUUGGGUUGGAAAUAAGUGAAAUAUUAGUCUAAAUAAUCAUAUGAAGAAGUUUCUUGAUGAAUGAAAUUCAGUGUUGAGACAGUUUCCACAACGUGAUGCUCAUUAAUGACACAGAAUGCUGAAAGAGGGAAGCUGUGGUUGGAAUAUUAUAGUUAGCUUGUAGCAUGAUUGAGUUGGUUUGGGGAUUUGGGUUUUUUUCUUGAAUGAGACAUGAAGUUGUUGGAUGAUGUUUCAAAGUUCUUGUUAUUGAUGAAGAUGAUGUUAUGAAUCUAUUUAGCAGUUGUGGUUGAAAAUGUGUGUUUGUGAAGAAGGAUGAGGAACAUUUUAUUUAAUUGGACAUUUUCUUGGUUUGCUUCUUUUAUGCCAACUGUGGUUUCUAUUAAAGGCUCUGUCACUUUGACUGGACAAUGAACUCGUAAUCACACCACUUGUGAUUUAAAUGUUCCCUCAACACACCCUUUGCAUUAUCAACACUUCAUUUCUUCAUUAAAGACAUAAAAGUCUGGA